CCGACAGGUUGCGCUGUGCAGAAAGCAAGCUCCUCACCAGGUCCGCAUCGCCCUCUCCGCUGUGUUCGUCGUUGACUGUGUUGUAUCCGGAGCUCAGUAUUUGCUGAACUUUAUGUUUUUUUGUAGGAUCCAAAGAGUCAUAUCUGAGCAGUUAUUAACCUCUCUGGGACACGUUUGCACAUUGCGUAAUUCCCGAUCCCUCACGUCUAAAAUGGCUUUCCAGUACCCCCCUGUGUACCGCGACGAGGCCGUGGUAGAUGUUUAUCAUGGCAAUAAAAUCCCGGAUCCGUACAGCUGGCUGGAGGACCCGGACAGUGAGAAGACACAGGCCUUUGUCAACGCCCAGAACCAGCUGACCAUGCCCUAUCUGGAGCGCUGCGAGGUGCGAGACCUGUUCAAGGAGCGGAUGACCGAGCUCUACGAUUACCCCAAGUACAGCUGCCCCUUCAAGAGGGGAAGCAGGUACUUCCACUUCUACAACACGGGCCUCCAGAACCAGAGCGUGAUGUACGUGCAGGAGAGCCUAGAGGCGGAGCCCACCGUCUUCCUGGACCCCAACACCUUCUCUGAAGAUGGGACGGUGGCCCUCAGAGGCUAUGCCUUCUCCGAGGACGGGGAGUACCUGGCGUACGGCACCAGCGACAGCGGCUCGGACUGGGUGGAGAUGCGCUUCCUGCGCGUGGAGGGCGCCUCGCUGCUGGAGGACCGGCUGAAGCGCGUCAAGUUCAGCUGCAUGUCCUGGACGCACGACGGCAAGGGGCUCUUCUACAACUCCUACCCCCAGCAGGAGGGCAAGAGCGACGGCACGGAGACGUCCACCAACCUGCACCAGAAGCUGUAUUACCACGUGCUGGGCACCCCCCAGGCCCAGGACUCCCUCUGUGCCGAGUUCCCCGAGCAGCCCAAGUGGAUGAGCGGCGUCGAGGUGUCGGACGACGGGCGCUACAUCCUGCUGUCCAUCAGGGAGGGCUGUGAACCCGUCAACAAACUGUGGUACUGUGACCUCCAGAGCCUCCCGCAAGGCAUCACUGGCCUCCUGCCCUGGGUCAAGCUCAUCGACAACUUUGACGCCGAGUACGAGUACGUGACCAACGAGGAGACGGUGUUCACCUUCAAGACCAACCUGGACGCGCCGCGCUACCGCCUCAUCAACAUCGACUUCUCCUCUCCGGCCCAGGGCGGCUGGCAGGAGCUCAUCCCCCAGCACGACAAGGACGUCAUCGUGUUCGCCACCUGCACCUACUCCAGCUUCCUGUUCGUGUGCUUCCUGCACGACGUGAAGAACGUGCUGAAGAUGUACCGGCUGGGCUCCGGGGAGGAGCUGCGGACCUUCCCCCUGGACGUGGGCUCCGUGGUGGGCUUCACCGGCCGCAAGAUGGACUCUGAGAUCUUCUACUACUUCACCUCCUUCCUCUCGCCAGCCAUCAUCUACCACUGCGACCUCACCAAGGAACCCCUGCAGCCCCACGUGUUCCGGGAGGUCACCGUCAAGGGCUUCGACCCCUCCGAGUACCAGACCACACAGAUCUUCUACCCCAGUAAGGACGGCACCCAGGUGCCCAUGUUUGUGGUGCAUAAGAAGGGGCUGAAGCUGGACGGCUCCCACCCCGCCUUCCUCUACGGCUACGGCGGCUUCAACAUCUCCAUCACGCCCAGCUACAGCGUCUCCCGCCUCAUCUUCGUGCGCCACCUCGGCGGGGUGCUCGCCGUGGCCAACAUCCGCGGCGGCGGGGAGUACGGAGAGACCUGGCACAAGGCCGGCAUGCUGGCCAACAAGCAGAACUGCUUUGAUGACUUCCAGUGUGCCGCCGAGUAUCUGGUGAAGGAGGGCUACACCACCUCCGCCAAGCUCACCAUCAACGGAGGCUCCAACGGGGGGCUGCUCGUAGCGGCGUGUGUGAACCAGAGGCCGGACCUCUUCGGCUGUGCCGUGGCCCAGGUGGGCGUCAUGGACAUGCUCAAGUUCCACAAGUUCACCAUCGGACACGCGUGGACCACCGACUUCGGCUGCGCAGACAUUAAGGACCAAUUUGAUUGGCUUAUCAAGUACUCCCCGCUCCACAACAUCCGCGUGCCGGAGGGCGAGGGCGUGCAGUACCCAUCGGUCCUGCUGCUGACGGGCGACCACGACGACCGCGUGGUGCCGCUGCACUCGCUCAAGUACCUGGCCAUGCUGCAGCACGUGGUGGGCCGCAGCCCGCGCCAGACCAACCCGCUCUUCAUCCACGUGGACACCAAGUCGGGCCACGGCGCCGGCAAGCCCACCAGCAAGGUCAUCCAGGAGGUGGCCGACACCUACGCCUUCAUCGCCCGCUGCCUCAACCUGAGCUGGAUCAAAUAGUCGCCCCGGCAACCGCGCCCCUCUCCCACCCAAACGCUCGCACUCCCCUCUCAACCCCCCCCACUGCCUCUUUGCAGUUUGUUUAUCACCCCCCUGCACUUCAUACACAACGGUUCUGAUGGGUUACCGGUCUUUUUAUUGAAAUGAGUGCUUUGAGCUAACAAUGCUGCAUUAUUCAACUCACAAGACAUCCCGUUCUCGUUCAAGCCUCAAGCCGUCUUCAACCAUAGGCUGUCCCGUCGCCAUCCAUUUCUCUCUCUCUCUCUCUCUCUAGCUCUCUCAUAGCUCUCGCUCUCGCUCUCGCUCUCGCUCUCUCUCUAGCUCUCUCUAGCUCUCUCUAGCUCUCUCUCCCUAACUCUCACUCUCUAGCUCUCUCUCUCGUCUGGCUAGCUCUCUCUUUCUAGCUCUCUCUUGCUCUCUCUCUAGCUCUCUCUCUCUCUCUCUCUCUAGCUCUCUCUCUAGCUCUCUCCCUAGCUCUCUCUGUCUAGCUCUCGCUCUCGCUAGCUCUCUCUCGCUCUCUCCCUAGCUCUCUCUCUCUAGCUCUCUCUCUGGUCUGUCUAGCUGUCUCUCUAGCUCUCUCUCUCUGGUCUGUCUAGCUUGUAAAAAGGAAGAACUCUGGUCUGUUGUUGGGCACGUCACUAAGCUAACAGCGCAGCACUUGUAGCCAGUUCUCCCUCCCAUCUUCUGUUGGCAGAGAAUUCACUUGUCUUAUAUAUUUCUUUUUUUAUAUGUAUGAUUAAUUAAAAGGAAACAACAGUUGCAAAGGAGUCUCCCUUUGACUCUUGAGGGGGAGAUGGCUCCUGUUACGCUCAUGAAAUCAGCCAUCACAUUAAUCAUUUCAAGGUCACUAGGAAUGCUAAAUUACUGUCAAAGCCGCGGCAUCCAGACUAUUUAUUUCCAUUAGAACUCCAGGAAAAAGGCAUAUGUAGUAUUUUAUGUAGACACACGGUAUUGCGCAUUUAAUGCAAGAUGCAACUGAAAUUGCCAGGGCGUGAGUGCAAAUGCAAAUGCUCUCUUUUUUGAGUGUGUACACGUGUUUGAGUAUUCAUACAUAUGUUAAUGUGUUAAAGGUCAACCCUCAUACCCCUUUUUUAAGAAGUUGAUUUCUACCUCUGGACAUAUGCUGAUUCUUUUGCCUUUUUUUUUUUUAAAGGGAACUGAACGAGAUUGGCACUUCAAUAAAAAAAUAAUGUUUAUUUUCUUUUUUUUAAAGCAAUUUAAAGUGUCAUUGACAACUAGGAUUUGAUUUAGUGUGAUAUUAAAAUGUUUAUUAACCUUAA